GGUUCGUAUCCCGUCAGGUAUUGCACGAGGUCAUUGUUCAUUUGGACCGAAAAGUUGCCAAGAAGGCUCCAGAAAAUAUCGUAAAUUACGCAGCAGCUGGGCAACUGACACUGGAAGCAGGUUCAAACUUUGUUAUUAAGAGGAAUAAACAAUCAAAAUGACAGAAAAGGGAAAGCGUGGCGGUGCCCCUUUCGGCUUUGCGGGCGGGAGUGGUUCGGAGGAGUCCAUCUACAGGAUCCCACCCUACUACUACAUCCACGUGCUCAACCACAACACAAAUGUCACCACUGUGGAGACUGGUCCCCGCACAUUCAUCAGGCAGGACCAUGAAAGGGUCAUCUUCGGUCCCGAGAAGAUGGCCAUGGUCCCCCCUCGUCACUACUGCAUCAUUGAGAACCCUGUCCAGCGCAACGAGGACGGCUCGGUGAUUGAGGAUCAGAGCGGACAGAUCAAGCUGAACCAUGCUGAUCAGGAGAUCCGUCUGACUCAAGAACCAUUCCCUCUCUACCCGGGCGAAAUCCUGAAACUGCCUGUGACUGCACUCAAGGUAGUCCCAGCCAACUCGGCCCUCCGACUCCGCGCUAUCCUAGACUUCGACGACGCGGUGGCCAAGACCAAGCGCGUGGCCGGCGACGAGUGGCUCUUUGAAGGUCCUGGCACCUACAUCCCCCGCAAGGAAGUCGUCGUGGACGAGACGGUCCAAGCGACCAUCAUCAAGGCCAACCAGGCCAUCAAGCUGCGGGCAAGGAAGGAGACACUGGACCGACAGGGGGAUGCCAGAGUGACCGGGGAAGAGUGGCUAGUCAAGAAGGUUGGCGCUUACCUGCCGGGGGCCUACGAGGAGGUGGUGGGCGUGGUGGAUGCCUACGUGCUGACAGACAAGGUUGCAAGUCCCCCGGGGCAGGUAGUCCGUGCCCAGGCCGUCCGCACCACCAUCGCCCACGUCUCCCUCCCUAGCUCAGGAGGCAUCAUCACCAGUCAGGUCCGUGCACCAGUCACAUCAGGCACGCAGGUGGUCAUCACGUCAGCAGGGUCUGUCAGUCAGGCUAGAUCAACGCCCACCGCCACCGCUACAAUGACAGCUAAGGUAGCUCAGUACAGCCUGAUAAAACAGCAAGCCAUCAAACAGCAACUGAUGCAGCAGGCUCAGGCACAGCAGCAGGCACAAAUCAAGCGACUGCAGCAAGCCCAAGCCCAAGCCAAGGUGGCCCAGGCCCAGGCGGAGGCCCAGGCCCAAGCUGUGCAGAAACAGCUCCAGUCCGGCCAGAAACCGCCCACCAGCAACGUGACGGUCAGCCAGGUGGCUGCGACGACGUCCUCCCUGGCCCAGCCUCAGCUGACCCAGGCUGGCCAGGCCAGGGCACAGAUGCAGUUGGGAGGCAAGACCAUAACCCGGACCAUCAAGAACGAGGAACUGACGGCCAUCCUGAAGCGCCAGAGCCAACUCCUGGCCAGCCAGGGCCAGAAGAGCCAAAAGACCACCACCACGGCCAUCACCACCCUGCCCCUCACCACGGUGGCCGGACUCAAGGGUAUCACCCUCAGCGGGCUGACAGUCAGCAAUGCUGCAGCAACGGCGGGAGCACCCAAGGGUCUCACCCAGGCCCAGGCGCAGGCCCAGGGGGCCGGGGGAGCUCAACAACAGCAGCAGCAGCAACAAGCUCAGCAGCAGCAAGGCAACAUCCCCAUGAAGCCCCUGACUCUCCCCAGCAUGGUGGCCAGGCCCAAGAUCAACUUCACCCAGAUACAGCAGAUGCAGAAGGGUCAGCACCAGACCAAGCAGCAACAACUGCUGACAGUCAAAGCCCAGCAACUGUUGGCUCAACAGCAGAAGAUGCAGACAGGCAACACAGCAGUCAGCCAGACCCAGCUGCAAGGAGCCUCAGAGACCAUCAGCCAAGCCCAGAUCAGGAUCAGCUCCCCGUCGGUAUCAGUCGCUGUCACUGGCUCGCUGGCUAGUCAGGUUGUGCAGACAACAAGCAGCCAGCGGCAACGUCUCUCACAGCAGGUCAGCACGUUGACCCCGCAGCAAAUACAGCAGGUCAGAGUUCAAAGGGUCACGACCUCCCAGGCUCAGGGCAGCCCUGCGGUAGUGCAGCGAGUAGGCCAGGUCCAGCAGUUGGCCACAGUUCGACAGCAGCUGCAGCAGCAAGUCAAGCAAUCAGGGACAGGAGCUGGGGCCACGCUGUCCAUCCAACAGGCCGGCAAACCGGUCACUAUCAUCCCGACGGUCUCAGGCAACUCGCUGCUGACCGUGGCAAAAACUGUGGGUGGCCUGUCCCAAACCCUACCCAUGACGAAGGGAUCACAGGGCAGCGGCUUACAGCCUCAACAGACGGUGACUGUGCAGAGCGUUCCAGCCACUCAGCCGUCCAGGGGACAGGGCCAGGCGAGCACUAGUGGAGCGGCAUCAGUUCAGGUUGCCAGCUCGAGUCAGGUGACGGCGUCCAUACAACCCCAGGGGACCAUACAGUCAGGAUCGCCGGUGCAGGUCACCCUGAGUGCCCAAACGACCAAAGCGCUGUCACUGUCACCGGCGGAACGGCAGGCUGCGCUGAAAUCGGCAGCACACUGCCAGGUGCAGCAGGCCCAGACACAGCAGGCUCAGAUAAAGCAGACGGGAACGGUCAGGCGCGGCUGCAAGCGACAGCUGCCGCGCAGCAGCAACUGCAGCAACUUCAAAAAGCGCAGAGGCCCAACAACAGCAGCAGCAACAGCAACAACAACAACAACAGCACCAAGCACUUCAGAGCCUGACGUCUCAGUCCCAGACCCCAACCCAGGCCAAACUUGAGCCACAGACUGAAGCCAAGCCACAGUCGCAGUCUGUACCACAGCCCCAGCCACAGCCCCAAGCUACUCCACCAGUUAGGGAACAAGCCCCAGUAGUGGUAAAAACCGAGUCACCAACUGUUGUCCUGCCCACAGCCACAGCCACAGCCACAGCCGUCAAAAAACCUGAUACGCAUCCACCUGCCUAAUCACCUGAGCCUCAACAGCAAGCAGCACAGUCUAAACAACAGCAGCCACCCACCACGGCAGCACCAGUCAGGGCCUCUCCAUAUGCAAUGAGAUUACGCAAACCUUCCAAUCCAUCAAAGGAGUAAAUGUGACAGUAUAGAGGGUGAUGCAAAAAAGAAGGAAACCCAUUUUUGACAGCAAUUUUCACCCACUUGCUGAGCAUAUUUCAAAAAUUCAAUUUAAUGGUAUUAAAAUAUUGAGUAAGUGACCAAAAAAAUGAUUGCCAAUGCAUAUUUUGUCUCUGAGAUAUGGUAGUUUAAAAAUUUCAUGUGCCAAACCUGUUUGUGUAUGGACGGCUAUAUCCAUCUGCUGGAUCUGACUGAGCUCCGGAGCUUGAGUUGAAGACAAAACACACACUAGACUUACACGUGGACAACAGUGAUUUUGGUGACUUGUAUUCAAAUUAACAUAAUAACACUAUUCUUGCGAUUUUUUUUUUUAAAAAGAUUUUGUUCACCCCAAUGGUUGGAGAGCUAUGCCUCACGGCAUUAUACAAAAACAGUUCAAAUAAGUCAAGUAAGUUAAAAUUCCUGUCAAAAGUGGGUUUCCUUCUUUUAGCACGACCCUGUAUUGUUCACAUAUAACCACAACCCUUACAAGAACAACAGUCGAUGUUCAUUUUCCUGUCUGUAGAAAAUGAUAAACAUGGGUAAAGAGACCCUAAAACACGGAGGGAACAGUUAAUAUGCAGCCACAUUCUGAACCCUUAGAGCAACAGCAGUCAAUAAUCGGAUCCUACCAGUACACUUGCAUGUUAAGAUGGUGACUGGUUCACGUCCCUCAUUAUCCAACAUCUCAACCCAGUCCCCAAUGGAAACAAAAAGGCAGAGAUCAGUCCCAGUGUUCUCCAACCUGUAAAAAUAACCUGGUGCCCCGCCAUGCUUUCUGAGGUACCCGUCAAGCUUCAAAAGUUGCCGCCAACCUUCAAAAAUUGCGGGCAUGCUUUAAAAAAUGAUAAAAAUAAUAAAAAAGACAAACAAGUGGGACAACCCUUACCUUCCAGGGUAUAUUUUGGCCAGAAACUCGGCCAAAAGCAGUAACAUGCAAGACUUGUCAAAAUGACAAGCCUGCCCAUUGUAGCAAUCCAUCAGGUCAAAAGUCUCAAGGCCAAACUGCCUCAGAGUCCCUUGUCACUGAUGUAUUAAAAAAAGAUGAUGCUGAGCCAGUAUUGUACUUAACUGUUACUGUGUUAGAAAUGGCCUAAAAGCUGUUAUCCAUACAUAAAUUACAUAUUCAUCUGCAAAUAGUGCCCCUAGCAUAAAGAAUUGUAUGACUGCAAAUAGCGCCCCCUCCGCUUUUUGACGGCGCACCGACCUUUAAUUUUCAAAGUUGGAGAACACUGCAGUCCCAAUUCCAUGGCAGUGCUAAGCUCACAAUGUUCUUCUAACAGAGCUUGCAUCUAUUUCACAAAGACAUUGAGCAGUAAUCACAGCAAAAAGCUUGCUGAUCUCAAUUAAAAACAAUUGCGUAAAUUAGUGAUGUAACAAUAGGAAUCCCCAUGUGUUUGCAACCGUUAGCACAUCCACGCUGUGAAAGAGUGCUUAAAAGGUUAACACAAUUUUCUGUUCUAGUUAACACAAUUUUGGCCUGAGAGCAUAUCUGCUUGCAGUGAAUAAUGGUGGAAAUGUCAAGUUUUAGGAAAUUGCCUUUAAAUGUGGUGUUUCUAUAUUCACUAUCGAAGUGAUUACGUAAGAUCUGCCAAAACCGGUGGUUGGCACAGUAACGGGAUCAUGGAGAUGCAAACAUGGCCACCACUCACUACGGACUUGUGUAUUUUUUGAGAAUUUUUGGGUAAUUUCGUUAGAAAAUUUAUGUUAAAAAAAAACCUUCAUGAAACCUCUUGCACUUUGAACCUCAAUACCUCAACCUCAAAGCCUGAACCUCGUCGACAUCAACUGCAGUUUCUGAGGUUAAAAUGAAGCCGCAAAAUCACAUCAUACCUCAAAGUGCCGUGAGCAGACUUUAUGACAUGGAUUUUGAUUGCAAAGAAAAAAUACAAUUCUCACCUUGUCUAGAAAAACCAAGUGGGAACAUCCGAGGUUCACAGCUGCGAACAAAAAAAACAAACCCCAAACAGUUACAAUUCCACACGGGACUUUACUUGUGUGCGUAAUUCAUUGCAAAACUUGCUUUUGGCUUGCAAGUUGCGACUAGCACAGCAUUGAGCAAACCGUCUUGCUUAAAUACCUGCCCUCUAAAUCUCUUGAUUGCACGUGAUGAAUGUUUUCUAUUCUUUUCUUUUCUUUGGAUGUUGUUCACUGGUGGUUUCUUUUACGUCCUUUUUUUAGUAAGAUGAUUUGUGUCGCGUGGCAGACUAAUUUUGUUUUCCAAAUUAUUUGUGUAUUAAAGUUGAGUGUUUGCUUUUAAAUUGUGUUAGGGAUUUUAAAUACAGGGAACAAAAGUUUUGCAAACAGAAAAUGUGUUGCCAAAAAGUAGUGAUUGAAAUUUUUCUGGAAAUGAAUUUCUCAACAAAUGUUGCGUUACCUCACCGUAUAAUGGAAAAGAGGAUUAUGUAUUUAUUCCUAAACCAAUGAUGAUAGCAUUUUUCCUAAAUGAGAAGGGAAGAAUGUAAAAUAAAAUAAGCAUUAACUCGUGGUUGAACCCGGAGGUAUUGAGGUAAACAUCAAGUUUCCGUCUGUUAAAUUUUGCAUUCUACUCUUUAUAUACAAAUCAAAUGCAUUGGAUCAAGCCUCAAAUAAUAUGUUGAAUUGGUUAUAAUAUCACCAAUAUUGACGAAUGGUUUGCCAGGCCGAGCCACAUAGACCUUUUGCUUUGAAUGUUCCACAGAGGGUAUUCUUUGUAAAUUUUAAUUUAUAAAAAUGGAUGCACAAAAGGUUUACUCGCGUCUAUUCUAGCGAUGCAAACCAUGGCCCUCUGACUCUGCCUUAACGCACGAGGUCUAUCGGUUGAAGGUUUGAGUAUAACAUUGUGGAUAGACUGAUUGCAUUAGCAGCUAUCUUUAAGGUGUGUUUUGUUAUGUUAAUUUAUUAAAGGUAGAGUAUAUCAUUCGUCAUUUGUGGAUUUUUUCUAUUUCAACCGUCAAAAGUGUUCAAAAUCUAAAGAUGGUUGCUUAACGAACGUGAUGAAGUUUUAGCUCGGUGAAUGCUGUGUAUUCCGAGAAAACAAUAUUCUAGGAUCUCGAUUUUCAAUUCAAAAGUUGCCAAGUCAUGUUUUGAAUUACAUCUAAAGUCAGCGUCCAGGAGGCGUUCUCAUUCAGCCAAUUGCAGCUCCGCUGAAUUAAAAACAACCUACUAACUGAAAUUUCCAAAAAUGCAUAUUUUUUUUCCCGAAAUGUUCAUAUGUUCUAUUAUUUUUAUUUUUUAUAUAUUCUUAUUUAUAUUUAUUUAUUUACUUUUCUCAUACCUCGAUGAGGAGCAGCAGGUCUCUUCUCAUUUUAAGUACUAUUUCAGCCUCCGGUUUGCCAAUCACCCUUUAGAUUUUCAUUACAUUGAUUGUACACUUACCUACUGUUCUCUUAUUCAUUUAUUAAUUUGUGUUUAUUAUGUCCUUAUUUAAUGUGUCUUUAUCAUUAAUUGCUUAUUCAUGUAACUUAUUUAAUUUCAUAUUCAAUUGCGGACAUUAUCUUCAUUCAUUUCCAGUAAUUCCUUUUCUUUUUAUAUUUAAAUAUUUUUAAGUUCUAACUUUUGGCUUCAAAUACUUUUUAUAUUAGUAUUUUUAUAUAUAUUUUUUUACUCUGUACAUAACUUGAUGAGGAUUGGCAGGUCUUUGACCACAGUGAUUGUUAUCGCUUUUGCCUCUCCUAUGCCCAUCUUGUAUGUGAUGAAAUAGAAUUGGCAUGAAUAAAUAAUAAUAAUAAUAAAUGCAUCAGAGGUCUACUCAUGGGUGUCCCCGUUGAACAAAUAAGCACACUUCUCAAAGGUGGCUGUGGUGCUGUUAAAUUUGUUUCCUCAAAGUUAUUUCAACUAUUCAUCAGUGUAUUGUCCAAAUCUUUUGCUUUUACAUUGGGCUUCACUGCAGAGGUUUUUUUUCCCUUUAAGUUUAGGCACCUCUAAACUUCAGUAUUAGAGGCGGGUCCAGAAUAUCAAUCUUGGUAAAUCAAACCUCAAGGGAACAGGUUCAAAAUUUGACUUCAGCAGAGUUUUGAGUUAAGCAGGGUUGUAUAUCAUUGUUAUACUUAUACUGAAGGGAAUGGAUACUUUGUUUGACUUGACAUUUGUUUUGAGUUAUCAGAUUUCACUGUAUACGUCAAAUGUGCUUAAUUAUGUACUUGGCUGACUUAAAUUUUGCAAGGUUUGGCAUGUAGUGACUAUA